CCAAACUAAGGAAGUCAUGGACAAAGCAUAGUUCAAACUGUUUAGUGUACUCAAGACUAACUGUUCUGCCCCAUUGAUAUAAAAAGAGAGAGUCUGAGGCUCUGCCACACCCAUAUUAAAGACUUCAAUGGCAUGAGAGCCGCGUUGCGCCGCGCCCAGAGGACUUUAUCCCAGCACGUCUGAGAGACAUGCAGUAAAGUGCAGUGCAGUGCAGUCCAGAGAAAUUCAACACACACACGGAAGGAUGUAUGAACGCGCGCUGUUCGCUCUCUGCCUGCUUACUUUGGUGCUGCUUCAGAGCGCUGCGUCUUGUGAGGUGAGGCCUGUGCUCGCUCAGGUUCCUAAGAGGCUGCCCGCCGGUUAUGUCAUUUCCGAAGGCAAGGAAGAAUUAACUCUCAAAGGCUGUGCGGCCAAACCUGUGGCCUUUAGUUCCAGUGACCCUGACUUCACUGUAAAUACAGAUGGAACCAUUAUCACAGUUCGUGGUUUGGAGAUUACAACUAAGCAGUUUUCUGUCCUGGUGCAGGAUGAGAACAGAUCGGAUUGGAGGGUGGACAUAAUCCUGUCCUGUAAAGAUGAGCUAUCUCAGAAGUCCAGCAGUGCGGCUCAUAAGCGUACUAAGAGAAGAUGGAGACCGUUGCCUUUCUCUGUUGUUGAGAAUGACAUCCCUCCUUUCCCAAAGCAACUGGAGACGAUUGCGUCUGAUUCUGCAGUAAAUUACUCAGUGUAUUAUAGGAUCAGUGGGCAGGGUGUGACCACAGAUCCUGCGGGCUUGUUUAUUCUGAACGGGAAUAGCGGCAUGCUGAGUGUGACCAGGGCCGUUGACCGUGAGCUGUACCCACAAUUCAAUUUUAUUGCUCGUGUGUUUGACUUAAGUGGCAGGGAAACAGAUGAAUUUCUGCCCAUCACUGUGAAUGUGGUGGAUCAGAAUGAUAAUGCCCCGGAAUUCAUAGGAGGUCGAUUCUUCACCGUAGAAGAGCGGUGCAGGGCAGGUACUGUAAUAGGACAAGUGAAUGCCACUGAUAAGGAUCAGGCUAACACUGCCCACACCUCGAUCAAGUUUACUCUGCACAAUGCUACUGACAUGUUCUCCAUUGGUCCUUUAAAUGGAAUAAUAACUGCCAAAACCAACACCUUUGACAGAGAGGCUCAGGACAAAGUCUACGUUGAAAUAGAGAUCAGAGAUAUGGGCGGAGCUCCUAAUGGGCUCUUCAGCAGAGGAACAUUUGUGAUUACGCUCACAGAUGUUAAUGAUAACCCUCCUACCUUUAAGGAGAAGCUGUACAAAGCCAAGGUUCAGGAGAACCAAGAAAAUGUGCUAGUCACUAGGAUCCCAGUGGAAGAUAAGGACUUGGUGAACACCCCUAACUGGAAGGCCCUGUUUGAGAUCACCAAAGGAAAUGAGAGUGGAAACUUCAGGAUGGAGACAGACCCCAAAACCAAUGAGGGGCUUCUGUAUGUGAUAAAGGGAUUGGAUUUUGAAAAAACUCCACUGGUGAAUCUGGAAAUAACUGCCCGUAAUGAGGUUCCAUUGGUUGGGACUGACGCUAAAUGGCUCUCUGUGCCACUCGAGCUCAGUGUGGGAGAUGAAGAUGAAGGUCCAGAGUUCAACCCUGACAUUCUAUAUCUCAAAGUCAAGGAGAACGUUGCCAAUGGAACCAUCAUUGGAACCUAUAAAGCUCUGGACCCAGAAAAUAAGAACAGCAAUGGAAUAAAGUACUAUAAGAUGACUGACCCAGGCAACUGGAUCACUGUGGUGGAGAACACUGGAGAACUAAAAACAGCCAAUACUAUAGAUCGAGAAUCACCUUUGGUCCACAAGGAUAUGUACAACAUAACCAUCAGAGCUGUGGAUGAGAGUAAGAAGACAGGAAAGGGGACGGUUAUAAUCCAGAUUGAAGAUGUGAAUGAUAACAUGCCCGUGACUCCGGGUACAGAACUGAUCAUGUGUAAUAAGGAUGAUAUGCUGAGCUCAGUUCUGGUUGAAGCUGUGGACAUGGACAAGUCACCUUACUCUACUCCCUUCAUUUUCGAACUUGGAGCAGAUCACGAUGGGAAGUGGAAACUGAAGGAUGCUAAAGAAUCAUCUGUGGUGCUGGAACAGGCUGAGGCCAUGCCUACCGGUCUCUACAGUGUCCCUCUCUUGGUGAAGGAUCUACAGGGAUUCGGGAAAGAACAGACCGUGAAUGUGCGAGUGUGCACCUGUGAAAGGGAGGAAAAUGGGAUUGGAGUAUGUGGAGUUCGGAGUGCCUCGUCCUCUUUGGGCAAUUUGGGAAUCCUUGCCUUAGUUCUUUCUGGCCUGCUGCUGCUACUCUUAAGUCUGUUGCUCAUCUUCAUAUGCAGUACUAGUAGAGAAAAGCUGUACAUCAGUGAUGACACAGGAACAGGAGGAAUGCUGCUGAAAUCAAACACUGAGGCUCCUGGUGAAGAAGUGAAAGAUGGAGCUUUGAUGAUGAUUCAUGGGCCAGAGGUAGUGGACGGGACACCACAGAGCGGCCUCAUGGAAAGUAAGAACAUGACUUCAGCUUCAGGACGCUACGGGCAGUUUUUCCAGGGAGGAAGCAUGUACAACACCACCAAUCAGGGGUUUGGGACAGAAAAUUUCUACUCAUCCGGACGCUUUGAAAACAACUUGUAUGGCAACAACACGUUACAGAAAUCAUCAAAUAUGAGUGCUCUGGACACAUGGAAAACCAAUGGGUUCUACUUGGACAGAAAACUGGCUUACUUUGGAGAUAAGGAGGAGGGCCGGUAUGCGGAUGACCUGCUGAAGAUUUAUGGGGAUGAGGGGAUGGGAUCUCAUGCAGGUUCUGUAGGAUGUUGUAGCCUCUUGGGUGAGCCAGAAUCAGUGGACUUUUUGAACACUCUUGGCCCCAAAUUCAAACCACUGGCUGACGUCUGCUACACGACGAAUCGAACCGGAAACUAAAUCAAGACAUGACUGAGAUGAGAGAGUGCUGUAUUAUGUUUGCCAGGGGCCUUC